AAUAAUAACGGCAAAAACAACGACAAUAACAACAACAAUAAACCGUGCACUGUUCGAUUCGAAAAGCGGAGAGAUUUUUCUCUUUUGACUUGUCAAUUAAGAGGUGGGGGAUUCUGAAGAUAUUGUGAAAAAAUAAUUUCACAAUGCUCAACGAUACGUGACAAUGUUUGCAACACGCAUACAAGUGACAUAGUUUUUGAAAGAUAAGAUUCAUUGUACAAAAAAUCAAAUCGUACCUUCUGUUUGAUCUGGAUGAAGCAACGGACGAUAGAUGAGAUAAAAAUUUAUGAAACACGCAAUAAUUACAGUAUAUAUUAAACUCUACCCGGCAUCUUUGACCACUCAAAGAGUUACGGAAGCGGCAGUUCUAUCAUUCCCCCUGCAUUGUUGUCAGUCAAAAGGACUGCAAUCCACGAGUGAAGGAUGGUGCAGACGGUUUGGAUAUGGUGCGCAGUGGUUUUAAUAGCAAAAUUUACGGCUGGACUUGAAAAUGGCCUCGUCCGAACCCCACCUAUGGGCUGGCUGUCCUGGGAAAGGUUCAGAUGCAAUACAGACUGCAAAAAUGAUCCCGACAAUUGCAUCAGAGAUGGCCUUUUCCGCACAAUGACAGAUAUUGUUAUAGCAGAAGGGUACGCGGCAGUUGGAUAUCAGUAUAUCAAUAUCGAUGAUUGUUGGCUCGAAAGGGAGAGAGGCUUUGAUGGUCAGCUUAAGCCUGAUAGACAACGUUUUCCUUAUGGCAUCAAGAAUCUGGCUGAUUAUGUACAUUCCAAGGGAUUGAAAUUUGGCAUUUAUGAAGAUUAUGGUAAUUACACCUGUGGUGGUUAUCCAGGUAUUUUGGGUCAUUUAGAAGAAGAUGCUGCACUCAUUGCAUCAUGGGAUGUUGAUUACAUAAAAUUAGAUGGUUGCUAUGCCCAUCCAUCAGACAUGGAUAAAGGAUAUUCUGAAUUUGGAUACUACUUGAAUCGAACAGGAAGACCUAUGGUAUACUCGUGUAGUUGGCCUGUUUAUCAAACUUUUGCAGGCAUGAAGCCAAACUUCAGUCUUAUAUCUGAUACCUGUAAUCUGUGGAGAAAUUUCGGUGAUAUUCAAGAUUCAUGGGCGAGUAUUGAGAGUAUAAUGGAUUAUUUUGGGGAUAAUCAAGAUGAUAUUGCACCAAACGCCGGGCCUGGACACUGGAACGACCCAGAUAUGCUGAUAGUCGGUAACUUUGGGCUUAGCUACGAACAAAGUAAAACGCAAAUGGCCUUGUGGGCUAUACUAGCAGCGCCGCUAUUCAUGUCAGUGGAUCUUAGGACAAUUAGACCAGAAUACAAAGCAAUUUUACAAAACAAAAAAAUAAUAGCCGUCGAUCAAGAUCCCUUGGGAAUUCAGGGCCGAAGAAUUUACAAGCACAAGGGCAUCGAAAUCUGGGCAAGGCCUAUUAGUCCAACUUACCAGAACUACUAUUCCUAUGCUAUUGCAUUCAUUAAUCGCCGAACUGACGGUACCCCAUCAGACGUCUCUGUAACAUUGAAGGAACUUGGACUAGCGUAUCCCGCAGGCUACAGAGUAGAGGACUUGUACGAGGAUGUUGAUUAUGGAACACUAACACCACAAACAAAGAUUAAGGUUAAAGUGAACCCUUCGGGAGUUGUGAUCCUACGUGCUGAUGUAGAUUUGGAAGCUGUAUACGCCCAAAAUAAUUACACCCCCUUUCCAGUUCUGAACCAAGUUUUCAAAGUCAAUCAAAAUACCUUCAAAUGAUAAACAACAAUUCCAAAUUAGAUAAUACUAAUUAUUACAAUUUAUUAGAUUUAAGUUUUCAAAUAGGAAACGUUACCAUGAAUUUAAGAAUAUUUACAACAAGUGAGAUAAAGUUUAUACAUAAAUACAUUUUUUAAUUACUCUGUCAUUUUUGUAAUAUUUUAAGUAUUUCCAACUUGGACCAAAAAAUUACUCCUGAUCUAAUAAAGAUUUUUACAGUGAGAAGAAAA